AGAACUUAAGGUAUAAUAAAUAAUAGUUUAUUCCCCCCAGCUCCGGAGGCCAGGAACCCAAAAUCCACACGGGCUGUGCUCCCCCUGGGGCUCUGAGGAGGGUCCUUCCUGCCCCAGUGGCUCCCCGGGGCUCCAGGUGGUCCUGGGAGCGCCACGCCCAUCUCUGUCUCUGUCUGCAGGUGGCCUCUGUGUCAUCUUCUCCUCUAAAUGCACCUGUCACCGGGUUUAGGGCCCACCCUAAUCCAGGAUGAUCUCUUCUCAGAUCACUCAUCACAUCUGCAAAGACGCUUUUUCCAAAUAAGGUCACGCGCUCAGGUUCCAGGUGAAUGUGACUGCCCGGGGAAUGUGGGGGGCACCAGUCCAUCCACCCCAGCCCCAGCGCAGGCCCAGUGAGCAGACUCUGUAAGGAGCUGCCAGGAGGAUCCUGGGGCAUUACCCAGCCCAGGUCCCCAUGGGACUGCCUGCUGUCCCUGCAUCUCCGUGCAUCUCUGUGCGUCGCCGGCUGUGGCUGGAAGGAGGCCCCAUGGCCGGAUACUUAGGGCUUCGGACUCUGCAGAGCCCCGAGCGCGGCUGAUGUGGCCCCGGCCUCAGCCCGACGUCAGUGGGCAGCAUUUCUCAUGCUUUGUGUUUUGGAGCCUCCCAGGCUGUGACGUUUCAUGGACUGAAUAAGCUCCAGAAGCGCCAGGGUCCCUGUUGAAUGUGAUACAAUGUGGCCCAAUAUGGACACGCCACCACCCACCCCACUCCACCCCCACAGUGAAGACAAAAGACCCCAGACUGUGUACUUAGGCAACAGAAACGAGGCCCCCUCUUACUGCCGAGGACCAGAAAUCAGGGAUCAUGGUGUCUGCAAGGCCGGCCGCCUUGGAGGGAAGGAGCUGCUCCCAGCCUCCCUCCCAGGCAGGGGAAUGGUCUGCACAUCCACGUUCUCCUUUUAGAAUACGGACACCGGUCACAUUGGAUCAGGGCCCACCCAAUGUCGCUGUUUAACCUUAGUCACUUCUUUAAAGGCCUGAGUUUCAAAAACUGUCAUAUUUGGAGGUAUUGGGGUUUAAGUCUCCAAGACAGCUUCUUUUAGGGGUCACAAUUCAGGCAUAAUAGGAGGUGCCCCAGAUGGCAAGCACCUUGAGGUCUGCGGGAAAGACCGUCUCAGGGUGGGGGCAGCACAGGUGUUCUGUAUCACAGCAGACCCAGGAAGGACCCUCCCAGGGUGGGGGCAGCACAGGUGUUCUGUAUCACAGCAGCCCUGGGAAGGACCCUCCCAGGGCGGGGGCAGCACAGGUGUUCUGUAUCACAGCAGCCCCGGGAAGGACCCUCCCAGGGUAGGGGCAGCACAAGUGUUCUGUAUCACAGCAGCCCCGGGAAGGACCCUCCUAGGGCCGGGGCAGCACAGAUGUUCUGUAUCACAGCAGCCCGGGGAAAGACCCUCUCAGGGCGGGGACAGCACCGGUGUUCCACAUCAUAGCAGCCCUGUUUAUUCACCGGUUUAUUUCUGACGGGGAAACCCCUUAAGAUGCAGAGAGGCUAUAGCCACCUGGGUUCCCCAGAAGGUCUUGGGCAGUAGGGGGGAACUGUUGCUCCAAGAAUUGGUGUGGGGAGUGAGGAGGUGCCCUGCAGAGCCUCGGGAUGGUGGGGAAACAGGGCCGGUGAGGGCAGUGGGGUUCAGAAGGAAGGUGGUAUGUGGGCACGUUUUCCUGGUAACUGGUCCACGUGGCUGCCAACUGCAGCUUCUGUUAGCCACAGGCAGCGACGCCAGCUGCCACAGACCAAGGCCGACCCAGCACCGGCCAGAGCUCGGCGGCCAGGGGUGUCUCCAGUGCUGGGGGCUUAUGUGGCCCAGGAGGCUGCUUCCAGCUCAUUCCUGCACCUCCCAAACUCUGCACUGAGAGGAGCUCCUUUUUCAUGCCACAGGGUACAGAAAGCUGCCAGGGUGUGAAUUUAAGGACGAACAAGGUCAGGCUCCAGGACCAACGUGGUAGGCCCCCUGUGGAGUGCAUCAGGGCCACUCGGCUGCAAAUGGCGGGGGACAUGGCUGACACCGCGAGCGGGGGCAGGCGGGGUGCAGGUCGGGGUGACCUGGGACCCCAGUGUCUAACUCGGCCUCUGCGUCUCAGCUUCACUCUCCACCGCGUGGCCCCGUCUCAGCUUCACUCUCCACCGCGUGGCCCCGUCUCAGGCCCUGCCGUCGUCACAGCCUGACGCCACACCGCUGAAGUGGCAGCUUCUCCUUCCAACAGUUCUAAAAAGGGCAGGAAUCAAGUCCCUGUGAGCAAGCUGGGCACAGCCCCCCACCUUCCCACAGUGGAGCUGUGGCUGGGAGACACAGUGCCUGAGUGUGGAUCUGGCCAGACGCCACCCUGGAUUUGGGAGGCUCUUGAGACAAGGCAGGCAGAGCUUUGAGCCACCCCCAUGAUGGGUGUGCUGGAAUGUUCCCGCCUGGACGUGCUGUACCCAUGGAGAGACAUGAGCUUGCUAACCAGACAUUCUUCUCACAGGACACGCCAGCCCCUUGGAUACCACUUGGCCACUCCCACUGCGUGGCUGAAGCCUUGAGGUCACCAGGCGGAGGCGCGGAGAUGCCCCUGCAUCAGUUGGGGGACAAGCCACUCACCUUCCCCAGCCCCAAUUCAGCCAUGGAAAAUGGGCUUGACCACACCCUACCCAGCAGGAGGGCAUCCCCGGGCACACCCCUGAGCCCCGGCUCCCUGUGCUCCGCUGCCCAUAGCCCCCUGGACACCAGCAAACAGCCCCUCUGGCAGCUCUGGGCUGAGAAGCGUGGCGCCCGGGGGACCCACGAGGUGCGGCACGUCUCGGCCGGGCAGAGCGUGGCGUGUGGCUGGUGGGCCUUCGCACCCCCGUGCCUGCAGGUCCUCAACACGCCCAAGGGCGUCCUGUUCUUCCUGUGCGCGGCCGCGUUCCUGCAGGGCAUGACUGUGAACGGCUUCAUCAACACAGUCAUCACCUCCCUGGAACGCCGCUAUGACCUGCACAGCUACCAGAGCGGGCUCAUCGCCAGCUCCUACGACAUCGCCGCCUGCCUCUGCCUCACCUUCGUCAGCUACUUCGGGGGCUCAGGGCACAAACCGCGCUGGCUGGGCUGGGGUGUGCUGCUUAUGGGCACGGGGUCGCUGGUGUUCGCGCUGCCCCACUUCACGGCUGGCCGCUAUGAGGUGGAGGUGGACGCGGGUGUCGGGACGUGCCCUGCCAACCCCAGCGCGGCGUGUGGGGACAGCACCUCGGGCCUGUCCCGCUACCAGCUGGUCUUCAUGCUGGGCCAGUUCCUGCAUGGCGUGGGUGCCACACCCCUCUACACGCUGGGCGUCACCUACCUGGAUGAGAACGUCAAGUCCAGCUACUCGCCCGUCUACAUUGCCAUCUUCUACACCGCGGCCAUCCUGGGCCCCGCUGCCGGCUACCUGAUCGGAGGUGCCCUGCUGAACAUCUACACGGAAAUGGGCCGACGGACGGAGCUGACCACCGAGAGCCCACUGUGGGUCGGUGCCUGGUGGGUUGGCUUCCUGGGCUCUGGGGCCGCUGCCUUCUUCACCGCCGUUCCCAUCCUUGGUUACCCUCGGCAGCUGCCAGGCUCCCAGCGCUAUGCGGUCAUAAGAGCGGCGGAAAUGCACCAGUUGAAGGACGGCAGCCGUGGGGAGGCGAGUAACCCGGACUUUGGGAAAACCAUCAGAGACCUGCCUCUCUCCAUCUGGCUCCUCCUGAAGAACCCCACGUUCAUCCUGCUCUGCCUGGCUGGGGCCACUGAGGCCACACUCAUCACCGGCAUGUCCACGUUCAGCCCCAAGUUCUUGGAGUCCCAGUUCAGCCUGAGUGCCUCAGAAGCUGCCACCUUGUUUGGGUACCUGGUGGUGCCAGCGGGCGGUGGCGGCACCUUCCUGGGCGGCUUCUUUGUGAACAAGCUCAGGCUCCGGGGCUCCGCGGUCAUCAAGUUCUGUCUGUUCUGCACCGUUGUCAGCCUGCUGGGCAUCCUCGUCUUCUCCCUGCACUGCCCCAGCGUGCCCAUGGCGGGCGUCACAGCCAGCUACGGUGGGAGCCUCCUGCCUGAAGGCCACCUGAACCUAACGGCUUCCUGCAACGCUGCCUGUGGCUGCCAGCCAGAGCGCUACAGUCCCGUGUGCGGCUCGGACGGCCUCGUGUACUUCUCACUGUGCCAUGCGGGGUGCCCUGCGGCCACCGAGACGAAUGUGGAUGGCCAGAAGGUGUACCGAGACUGUAGCUGUGUCCCUCAGAAUCUUUCCUCUGGUUUUGGCCAUGCCACUGCAGGGAAAUGCACUUCAACUUGUCAGAGAAAGCCCCUCCUUCUGGUUUUCAUAUUCGUUGUAAUUUUCUUUACAUUCCUCAGCAGCAUUCCUGCACUAACGGCAACUCUACGAUGUGUCCGUGACCCUCAGAGAUCCUUUGCCCUGGGAAUCCAGUGGAUUGUAGUUAGAAUACUAGGGGGCAUCCCGGGGCCCAUCGCCUUCGGCUGGGUGAUCGACAAGGCCUGUCUGCUGUGGCAGGACCAGUGUGGCCAGCAGGGCUCCUGCUUGGUGUACCAGAACUCAGCCAUGAGCAGCUACAUACUCAUCAUGGGGCUCCUGUACAAGGUCCAUGAAGUUGACCAAAGGCCACACAGCCACGGGAGACACAGUGGCCACCCUGGAGCGUCUACAAUGAAGGCCAAGGGCGUGUGGAGGAAGAGCCGUCUGAGCCGAGGCCUCGGGAGGAGCCAGCAGGCAAAGGAGGCCAAAGAAACCACGCAGUGGCGUCCAGGGCAGGGCAGGUGCGUCAUCUGGACAGGAUGCAGAGACAUGCCCUUCCACCAACCAUCUGAGGAGAACUUGGCACCCACACGUUGAGCCUGGAAAGGGCCACGCCAGGAGGCAGUGCACGGGGCAGAGCCUCUGAGCCAGACAAGGGGAGGUCCUUCGGGAGGCCCCUGCCAUCCCCCGCUCUGGGUGGGCCUCUCCAGCCAGACUCUGCUCCCCAAGGGCAGGGCUGGGCCUAAGCCACACCUCGGGGUGCACGGGCUAUGGGGGGCCGCUCCUGGACACGGAAGGACGACACCAGCUUCCCUGUGCCUCUGCUGGGGCCGCAGGUCCCAUGUUGUAAGCCUGGCCACUACGCUGCCAGCCUAGCACAGCCUCCAGGGCAGCCAUGGCCCAACCUGCCUUCCUAGCCUCAGGGGUAUCCCUGAGCACAUGGGAGUGCAGGAAAAUGUACCCCCAGGGGAUUCCCACUCACCUCCCGGCCACACCCUACCAGGCACUAGUGCAGUGCUGCAGCCACCCCUGGGCCUUGCCCACCCCCACCCACUCGGUCCCAGCACCACCAGCUUCAUUGCCUUCCAGGCACUCAGCAGCAUAAGAGACCUACACACACCACACACACACACACACACACACCACGUGCACACAUACACAGAAGGGGCUGACUCACACACCACCCCAUAUGCAAGCCCCAGAAGUGGGCGUCCACUGAGCAGCAGAGAUACCCAUCCCAGAGGGCAAGGAGGAUCCCUGGGGUCCCCACGAGGACACCUCACCCAGGUCCUGCCCACGCCCCCCCACGAGGCCCCUUUGGGAGGGCGGCUGCCCCCCACACCACUCAGUGCUAGAGCUUACCCAUGCACCUCCAGCCCUGUGCAACCCUGCCCGUGCACCAAUGACCCCACUCACCCCUGACCCUGCUCACCCCAACCCCGCUCACCCCUAGCCCCACCAGGUUCUUAAGCAAAAGCUCAGUCUGUAUGCACACAGCAAACACAACUCUGCCUGUAUUUCCUGGGGGUUUGGGGCUCACAUUGGGCACUGGAGGCUCUCCUGAGUGAGUAAGAGCAGCAGCUCAGGCUUUUGAAGGCAAAAUGGAAUGGACGCAGGGCCCAGGAGACACCAACUGGGUGAGAGCAGGGCUCCAGAGCCAGCAGAUGGCCGGGGUGGGGGAUGCACGACCCUGCCACCCGCUCCAGCAAACCCGGUCCCCUGACUUGGGUUGUGUCCAGCAACCGCUUUCUGGGCUGGAAGGCAGAGCUGCCAGGAGGAAGGAGUCCCUCUGCAAUGUCAGAAGCACCAAACACAGGGGAGACCUAACUUCCAGGGCCUGGGGGAAGCUGGGGUGGCCAGGCUGGUGGGAAGGAGAUAUUAACAUUUUCCGAGAAGCCCUUUAAUUCUUCCAAAUAAACCGAACGAGUACAAACCUCAGCAUGGAAGCACAUCUUUCUAGAAGCUGGAAAAUCAGACUCAUCACAAAAGCUCGAGCAAAGUUAAUUUUCUCUGACAUUUCCUCUUGUGGUUAGUCUUGGAACCGGCAGGUGGCCAGAGGCGCCCCAUUCUUUCCCAUAAAUGGACGGUCUCUAAGGAAUCAAGUCAGGCCCUCAUCUCCAAACCCUCAUCCCAUUUUUCCCCGGCCUGCACGUGGCCGGCUGUGCCCUGUGCCUCGCAGGCCUGUCCCCGGCUGUGCCCCGUGCCUCGCAGGCCUGUCCCCGGCUGUGCCCCGUUCGUCGCAGGCCUGUGCCUUGGGCAGAGUGGCUCCCUCUCUCCAUCAGUCCUUCCUCCAUCGCACCAGUGCUCGUGCAGAAGCCGAGGCUCACAGACAUCACCUUAGGCACUGAGGAUACCAGCUGCCCGAACGGACAGACGGACAGAUGCUCAGCCUCCUCAGGCGCUGACCCAUGGCUUCGCAGGCUGGAUGAGCAGCAGGUCUCUACGGGGGACGUGGCAGAGGGGACCCCAGCCCCAGCAGGGCCCAGCGAGCCGGGUGCCCAGCACAGCACUCACCUGAGCAGCCGUCUCCACCCCGCAUGGAGCCCCCUCCUGGGGACCGCCCCUUUCCAAAGACUCCCUGGUCAUCUAAGACCCCCAGACCCUCUGGACGGCGACCGCCAUGCCUUGAGAACUCACGGAGGCUGAGGCAGAGCCGUAGGGAUCCUGCCAAGCUGCCUGAUUCCUUGUGUUCCUGGCAGGGGGGAUCCACAUCAUCCUCACCCCACUCCAUUUGUGGGACGGGGCACCCAGGAGUGUCCGGGACUGAGGAAGGGGGUGGGCCUGAGGGAACCCCAACCUGCAGAAAUAAUCAUGGAAGGGGUGGAGCAGAUGCGGGGGACCCGCGUCCCCACCCUCACCCCCAGGGGCUGAGCCGACGCCUGCAGCCAGCGCCUGCAUUCCUGUUCACAUGGGCUUCCCUGGCCUCUGCGCCUGCUUUGCGCCUGCACGGCAGAUGAACGCCCCCAGCCCCCUUGCCUGGCGAGUGGGCCUAUCUGCCGUGGAUUCCCCAGCUGCACAGUGCCUCGGGUGCCCGCGGUGGUCCUGCCCCCCGCCUCGCGUCGGCCACCUCUGUGCUCCAGCGGUGCUUCCUGUGUGCCCUCCCAGUAAACCUCCUGCACCUGACCCCAGUCUCCCCUCUGUCUCAGGGGGCCUGACAACCUCUGGGUGCCCGACGUCUCAUCAAGUCCUUUGAUACCCCAGGGGAGUGGGGUUGACAGUUUUCCAGGGGAGGACGGAGCUCAACAGAGGGAGUCACCUGCACGAGGUCACCACAGGCUCUGACCCCGCAGCCAAGGAAGGCUCUGCAGGAGCCCCGGGAAUCCCAACCACAGAACAGGAGGGAGCUGCACGCUCUCACUCCACGCCCGCCCAACACCGAGCCGCAGGCCAGAGCCCUGGCUCCACCAUUACUCACUAUUAUCUCAGAUUUGCCAUUCAUUUUACCAGGAGAGAAACUGCGAAAGGAAAUUAACAUUUCCGUACUCUGCAGCGAGAUACUCUCAUGGACGCAUUCUGAGAUUUAUUCUUUAAUAAUGGAAAGGAAACACCCUACUGGUUUCCAAUUCGGGGCCUGACAGUUCAUCCUAUUCCAGGCAGAGAACCGCAAUUCAAUAAACGCGCU